AUGGCGUGGGAACAUCUAGAUGUCGAUAAGCCCCAUCUGGCAUACAUGAUCCUCGGUGGGUUUACGAGUCUGUUCAUGUUAUGCUCGCUUUUCGUCAAGGAGAAGCUGUACAUCGGCGAAGCCACCGUCGCCACCCUAUGUGGUAUUAUCUUCGGGCCCCAUGCGGCCAACCUCUUCAACCCCACGUCGUGGGGCAACGUCGACAAGAUCACCCUGGAAUGCUCGCGCAUCGUCCUGGUCGUGCAGUGCUUUGCCGUCGGGGUCGAAUUGCCCAAGGCCUAUAUGGAACGGCAUUGGAAGUCCGUGUUUCUGUUGCUGGUGCCCGUCAUGACGUGGGGAUGGCUGGUGACCAGUCUGUUCAUCUGGUGGAUGGUGCCGCCCCUCUCGUGGCUCGAGAGCCUGAUCUGUGCGUCUUGCGUCACCGCCACGGACCCCGUCUUAGCCUCCUCGGUCGUGGGUAAAGGUAAAUUCGCCCGCCGAGUCCCCAAGCACUUGCGAGACUUGUUGUCCGCCGAGUCGGGCUGCAACGAUGGCAUGGCUUUUCCAUUUAUCUAUCUAGGUUACUACAUCUGGCGCUAUCGCCCGCACGCGGGUGAAGUGUCACUCCACUGGUUCUGUGUGACCAUCCUGUACGAGUGUAUCUUCGGCGCGAUCUUUGGGUUCGUCAUUGGGUAUCUCGCCCGGCACUCCAUUAAGCUUGCCGAACGGAAGGGGCUUAUUGAUCGCGAAAGUUUCCUGGUCUUCUACUUCGUGCUGGCGGUUUUCUGCGCCGGCUCGGGCAGUUUACUGGGCAUGGACGAUCUGUUGAUCGGGUUUUCCGCCGGCGUGGGCUUCAGUAACGACGGGUGGUUUACGGAGAAGACGGAGGAGUCCCAUGUCUCCAACGUCAUCGAUCUUCUACUCAACUUGGCGUAUUUCGUGUACUUCGGGUCGAUCAUUCCCUGGGAAGACUACAACAACCCAUCCAUCGGUCUGGUGCCAUGGCGAUUGGUCGUGAUUGCGAUCCUGGUCAUCUUCUUCCGUCGCAUUCCGAUCAUGUUAAUUUUAAAACCGAUCAUUCCAGAUGUCAAAACAUGGCGUGAGGCCCUGUUCGCGGGCCAUUUCGGGCCGAUCGGCGUCGGUGCUAUCUUCGCGUCGAUUUUAGCACGGGCCGAACUGGAGGGACGAGGCACUAGUCCCCUAGGGGAGUCAGAGCUUCCAAAAGCCGGCGCUCACAAUUACUACAUCAUUCAACUCAUCUGGCCGAUCACCACUUUCAUGGUGAUCUCCUCGAUUUUGGUCCACGGCUCCUCUAUUGCCGUCUUUACGCUGGGCAAACGGAUUAACACUCUCACCAUCACCUUGUCGUACACCACCGCCAAUGAAGAGGGACCUUCCUGGAUGAACCGCCUGCCGCGAGUGCAGUCUCUCGCGAAGGGAUCCAUGUCCUUCCGCAAGCAGGACGAGGAAGAAGACUCUUCCAACGAGCCCGAAUAUCCUCCGGGCACGCUGCCUCCUAUCGGAGUUCCGGGCAACUUUUUGCGUCGCCAGAAGGAAGACGAGACUGAUCCGGCACGUGCCCGAUCGGCCAGUCGGUCCCGUAGACGACGCCGCAGACGCACGGGCGGAGCGGGUGGUCCCAUCAGUCAGUCGGCUAUUGCGCCCCAACGGACAGCAGAGACCGAAGGAUCAGACAAACAACGCGAGGAAGAGGAAGAGGAAGAGCGGGAUAAGAUCGAACGGGGAUCCUCUCCUCCGACCAGGGAGCGCGAUCGAUUCGGCCAGGAGCCAAUCAUGGAAGUGUAUCUGGAGGGUCACAACAUGAUCAUGGAAGAUGAAGAAGGCAACGUGCUCAAGGUGGAAGACGUCAGCCACAUGUCCCCCGAAGAGCAGAAACAGCAUAUCGAGGAACAGCGGCAAAGGUUGCAACAGCAAUCGGGCGAAUUCGCCCCGUCGCGCUCUCACCCCCACGAGAAGACCGAAGGCGAGGAAGUUGUGAAGACCCUGGAAGAAAAGGCCGAACGGUCCGUCGACCGGACCCGGAAGAUGAUGGGGAACUGGAUGAAGUUCGGCAAGGGUCGCGUUAAAGUGCCAGUGCACACCGAGGAGGAGAAGGCUGCAGCCAAGCGCAAGGCCGAGAAGGAGACCCAUAAGCCCAAGGGCAAGGGUCGCUCCGCUCACGCUUACCAAUUCGGAAACACGAUCAUUGUCGAAGAUGAAGACGGAGAGGUCAUCAAGAAGUAUUCGAUCCCUGCGAAGGACAAGCCGGACGGUGGUAAUGCUCCGGUUCGACGCGGGCUGACCCGCAUGGGUACCUGGUUCGGUAUGGAGGAGGAGGGUGAAACCUCGCAAGCGGCCCGGAAGGCAGCUAAGGACGAAUGGAUGGCUGAUGACGGUCUUCGUUUCACCCUGGCCGACGAUGGUGAUGUCGGAAAGAGAGGAAUUGAGCACAAGGGUCGCCGCAUGACCAAGCAUGAAUUCGCCCAACAAAUCCGUAAUUUGGGUCCGAAAGCCCGUCGCGAUGUGGUGGAGGAAACCGAUGCGCCGGAGCGGGUCAAAAGUGUUGCUCGACAAGAUGCUGAGAAGGCAGAAGAGCAAGAGCGCCGCAAGUCGGAUCCUGGUGUCGCCCCCUCAGUGCCCGUGUUCAGUGACUCUGAAUCCGAGACCGACCUCAGCGAUGAGGAGUCGGGCCAUGGAGUCCCCGGCGACAAUGUUGCCGCUUCUCUGGCCCGGUUCAGCCGUGGUACCGCUGCCGACGAGCGACGCACCCGCCAUCUCAGCCCCAAGCAAUCGCCUCCAAAGACACAAACUCGAUCGCGAAGAGACUCGGAGGAUGAUGGAACCGAGCGUGUGCCGCCAUCUCAACUUCGGGAAGCGGCUGGUCUAGCCCGCCCGCCUCAGCAAGCUGAUGACGAUACCGGCGAGACGCCCGCGGAACGACGUCGUCGAUUGGCUGCUCUGGGUGAAAUCAACAACUCGGAUGAAUCGGACGAUUCUGAUACGCCGGUAGACGAAUCUGACAGCGAAAACAACGGUGCCAGUCAAAGCAGGGUUCAGUUUGCCGAUGGCACGAAGACCGACAGUCGACAGCAGUCCUUUAACAACGGUAGCUCUAGCGAAGCACCAGAGACCGGCUCAACGUACUCGCGACACAGUCGCAGCCAGAGUCGUCGCAGUAUUUCAUGGGGUGGUGAGAAGGGACGUGAGACAUGA